GACCCCCACCCGCACCUCCUAUAUAUAUUAUUAGUAUGAGAUCAACUGACGAUACUUUUAAGGAAAGGCGGAGACCUUUGACCGCCGAGCCUAUUGGCGGGAUGCCACCUCGAGGCAGCCGCCGACUGAGAGUAAAAGUGGAGCUCAGUCGUAGCCGGGAGUCCGAGUCGAGAGUCAGUCAGGAGAAGUCGUAGUGGAGAGGAGCAGAGCUAGCGUCAAGAUGUAGACGCAGUAGUGUAUAGUGUACAUUGUAACAUCCGAAGAGACACCGAUAAUACACACCUUGAUCAAUGUGCUUUGUGUACGUCAAUCAAUGAGGGAGCAUACGAACCCCAGACCAAUCACACCCUUCCAACAACCACAGUGGUUGGCAGCGGUGCUCUCAUUGAUAUGACCUCCACGAAGCAUAGAGCACAGGUUUGUCUAAUAGGUAAGUACAGUGAUCUUUUCCAUCAGUAUCAUUUGAACUUACUUGUCGGCACCCGCGCGUGCCUGGUGCUUCCCCGUGCGCGCGUGACCUAGUCAUGCCGCAGCCCUGUUCAGCCCCGCGUGCCCUUCCCGCACGCAUGUGUCUUUGCUAGUGAAAGUGCGCACGUAAAUACAACCUUUACGCCAUGCUCAAAAUGGAUAUGCGAAUCGCACGUCAAUCCACUGUUUGUCACAAUAAUUUUUAAUCAUGACCUCUAAAUUUUCUUACGGUAUUGCAUCUCCAUACAGUUCUAGUUCUAAAGCUUUAAUUUCAAUGAGUUUGUGCACCACGCGCAUUAACAAAGUGCAAUCUUUCCAUAAUGUGCAAUAUCCUAGCUAGAAAAGUUCGAUAAAAAUAAAAUAGAGCGGAACGCGCCGCGCCGCACCGCGCGGGGCAGGCGUCCGCACGGCUGUCUAUUCUUAGCCCUAGCCGAAAUCGAGCUACGCACCUUAUUUUUUCUGUCGCCCAGCGAUUCCCCCUGCGUCGGAAAUAAUCUGACCCAUUUUGCCGCGUGACAUUCAAACGCUGAACUUGAAACUUAAAUCGACUAUUCUACUUUUGAAAUUUUUCAGUGUUCCAGGAAAAUCGCCAUCGUACUACUUUUCUGCUAUUAUGUAACCAGUACUUAAUUUAACAUCUUUUAAUUUUACAGUGAGCCACUUAAUUGGUUCUGAAGUACAAUUAAACAUGUCGGCAUCAGCGCCAUCUUUAUUAUCUUUAGUUGAUAACUUCUCUGGAGAGGACGAAUGUUACGCGCUAGAAGAUUUCCUAAUGUGCAUAGAAGCCGCAGCUUCAUUCAAACCUGAUAUUACUGAUGCGCAACUGCGAGCCAUAAUAAUACUAAAAUUACGUGGCACCGCUAGAGAAGUACUAUGUGCUCAACCAGAGCUAACGGAAGGAACAUCUGAGGCUCUUAUCAAAGCGCUUCGCGAUAGAUUUGAACCUCUAAUUGACCGAUACUCGGCACAGCAAAAAUUUUCGUCAUGCAUUCAACUUCCAGGCGAAUCAGUAAUCGAAUAUUAUUUUAGGUUACUUUUAGCAGCGGAGAAUUAUGCCGCUACCCGUCCCGCUCCAACAGAGGACUUGAAGGAAGCCAUCAAGGCGCUGACAAAGAUUGAACUUCUAGAUCAAUUUAUGCACGGAAUAAAUUGUAAAUUGCGUCAGUUUGUGCGUUUUCAGACCCCCGCUGAUAUCGAGACAGCUCUGAGCUUCGCCCGGAAAGAGGAACUCUACGUUUCUCUUGAGAAAUCGAAAACACCAGCUUCGAUAAAUUCAGUAACGGCGCAAACAGAUAAUUCCUCUAGUUUUCAGCAGCAGACGCCUUGUCACGGCCAUCAAGCGUUAUGCAGAGCAGACGCUCAGCCUAUGUCCAGCGCCCACUCUGAUUCUAAGACUUGUCCUCAUAAACUUGCAGUCGUUGCACCUAAUUUAGCAGAUGUCAAAGGGCAAGCCUUUUACGUCAAAAUCUUUGAUCAAAAUGACUACCUAACCUUUUUGAUUGACAGCGCAUCAAAAGUCUGUGUCAUUAAGCGAUCCUGUGUAAAUCAUUUAACACCUCUUGCAGAUGAAAAAGUCUACAGUAUUGGUGUAAACCAAAUACCAGUCAUCGGUUACUCCAAGGUGACAUGUGGUAAGGGACGCCACAUUGUUACUUACAACUUUCUCGUCGCCGACGACAGGCUUCGAUUAUGUUGUGAUGGUGUGAUCGGAUCUGAUUGGUUGACUAAACAUAGCUGCAUAGUCGACUUGAAAAAGAAGCGACUUAUAGUGCCGAAUAAGUUUACGGCAGCUCUACUUCCUGUUGCCAUGAAAACGCCAAUUUACCAGCUUGGAAAACUUACAUGGAACAGUCAGAUAUGUAAUUGGGAUUAUGGAGCGAACUUGCGCUCUCCCGUAAGUACGCACUAUUGUAUGGGAAUAUGACUCUCCCAAUCUCUUUUUAAUAGCUCGUCAAGCGUUUUAAACGCGUGUAGCUAGACCCUGAUGUAACUGCGGCUGAAUCGUCGCCUGCUCAGGCAAAAGGUAAUGAAAUGUAAAUAAUGUAUGGAAACGAAAAUGAUAUCGUUUGUCCAAACUCAAACGCACAUAGAACCGCGUAGCCAGACCCUGACGAACCUGCGGCCGAAUCGUCGCCUUCUCAGGUGAAAAGGUAAUAAUAUUAGUACUUCUAUGAUGAAUGAGUCAAAACGCAAAUAUAAGCGUAAUGUGCGGUAAUAACUUCUUGAACAAUAUAAGAAACUUACCGAAUUUCCAGUCGAACGGAAAAUGCUUUGAACAGCUAGUAAAUUUACACCAAGCAUAAUUAUCAAUAUCCUAUUUAUAAGAAAAUCUUUUCUAGUAUUACUUUCCUUAAAGAGCGUGAGGACCAAUAGUUCAUCGAAAACGCAUCAUAGGAAAAUUAAUUGUAAAUUCUUCAAUGAUUUAGCAACAAUUUGAAAACGUUGCCAUUCUCUGAUUAAACUUGAUCUACAAUAUUUAACUGUUGGUAUUUAAUUCAUAAUGCAGUGUGAUAAGUCUCCCACAAAUCAUUUCCAUGAUGAAUUGUACCUGGACGAGACAACCACUGCUGAAACCCAUCCCUGCUCGCGCCUAUCCGCUUUUCAGCAGAUAUAAGAACACUAUAUGUGAUCAAUUUUAAGGCAUUUAUGUGGUUGUGCAGAUUUCAUUUGUUGCGUUUUACCAUCAUCAUGCAACUGUUAUCACUAAUUCAAUACCAGAUAUGCAUAACUCCAACCACAAGCUGCAAGCCACUAACAACGUGCUUAUGCAAAUUCUUCAAAUGUCAGCAAGAAGCUCUUUGCACUCGCCAAAAUGUUGUGGAAUUUAUUACUAAAAUGCAAUAAACAUUUUAACAAACGUCAUAUCCACAACAAGGCACAGCAACUAUUUGCAUGAAAGUAACACCGUUACAGAUCACUUCAAUGAAUUGAGCGAGAGAAAAUGCUCAACCUAACACUAACAAAA